UAUAGAAAUGAGGCGGGGCGCGGAACGGAAGCUCAAGCGUGUAACACAGAGGGAAGCUAGUCUCGCGCUUCCCGGAAACGGGACCGCAGAAUCAUGGCGACCGUCUCAGUUUGUCAGUAUCACCCCGGCGGUUUCAGUUUCGAAAACUGCAAGAGAAAUGCUCUUCUGGAGGCAGACAUCAAUAAGCUCGGUUUCAGCUCUCCUGCUGCUCGUAAAACCGGCACCACCAUUUGUGGAGUCGUUUACAAGGAUGGUGUUGUUUUAGGUGCGGACACUCGUGCGACUGAAGGAAUGGUCGUCGCAGAUAAGAACUGCUCUAAAAUUCACUACAUCUCUCCCAACAUAUACUGUUGUGGAGCCGGUACUGCGGCAGACACUGAGAUGACCACACAGAUCAUCUCCUCCAACCUGGAGCUCCAUUCUCUGUCCACCGGCCGUCUCCCACGAGUCGCCACCGCUAACCGCAUGCUCAAACAGAUGCUCUUCAGGUAUCAGGGAUAUAUCGGUGCUGCGUUAGUUCUCGGAGGGGUUGACUGCAACGGCCCACACUUGUACAGCAUCUAUCCACAUGGAUCAACAGAUAAACUGCCCUACGUCACUAUGGGUUCUGGAUCUCUGGCAGCAAUGGCAGUCUUUGAGGAUCGCUACAGGCCCAACAUGGAGGAGGAAGAGGCCAAGCGUCUGGUGCGGGAUGCAAUUGCGGCCGGUAUCUUUAAUGACCUGGGCUCAGGCAGCAACAUCGACCUGUGUGUGAUCUCCAAGGGGAAGGUGGACUACCUGAGACCUCAUGAUGUGGCCAACAAGAAGGGAGUCAGGGCGGAUAAGGUUUAUGGACGCCCUGUGUGAGUAACCCGUGUGUUCAAACGUGCACCACGUCCAGACAAAACUGUAACCUGCAUGUGUUUGACUAACCAGGCGUGAGUUUGAAGUAGUUGAGUUGUUAAACUGACAAGCUGUUUGAUGAUUUUUCUCUUACAGUCUUUUGCUAACAUCAUUUUAUGUUUUUGUAGAGCACCAAAGUGUAUUUCCCUGGUCUGGAUUGGUUUUAUCGUGUGAACAAUAUGUAGAGUUGUGUGUCA